AUGUGCAAGCGCUGCCUGUUCCUGGAGGGCUCCCUGCAGCUUGGGGAUCAGGAUGCUCCUGAAAGCUACUGGAUUUGGGGUGGCUUUGCGUGUGGCACCGCAGCGGGGGCCUCGCUGGGCGAUGGCCUCGCAGCCCGCACCGCAGUGGUGCUCGGCUUGCUGACGGGCUGCCUGCCGGCGGCACAGCCCAGGGACUUCACCGUGAAGGACAUCGUCUACCUCCACCCCUCCACCACGCCGUAUCCUCAUGGGUUUAAGUGCUUCACCUGCGAAAAGGCAGCGGAUAAUUACGAAUGCAACCGAUGGGCUCCGGAUAUCUAUUGUCCAAGAGGUACAAGAUACUGCUUUAGCCAACAUAUGAUGAAAGUUACUGGGGAGAGCGUGUCCGUCACCAAACGUUGUGUACCAUUAGAGGACUGCCUGUCCACGGGAUGCACAUAUGUAAAGCAUGAAGAAUACAAGAUCUGCACCUCCUGCUGCGAGGGAAGCAUCUGCAACUUGCCCCUGCCGAGGAACACGACCGAUGCCGUUUUUACCACCCUCUCCCCGCUGAACAAAACGCAGCGGCCAGCGCAGCCCGUCCUGCUGACGGCGGCGUGUCUCUGGCUGGGGCUGGUGUCGCAGCGCUGGGGGACGCUGACGUGCAUGGCGGGGUCUGCCAGCUGA